AUGGAAAAUAGUGUUGAUUUAGAAGUAAUAAGUGCUGACAAAAAUGUAAUCCAUUUUCGGAUACAUUCUCUGACUGGAAGUGAUUGGGAUCUCCUAUGCGUUUAUGGACCUCCCCAAAAUCACUUGAGAAACAAAUUCUGGAAGGGAUUAUCCCAGUAUGCAGCUCAAUUAGCAAAUCCUUGGUGUCUGGUGGGUGACCUCAAUGCCAUCACUUCAACAAAUGAAAAGCAUGGAGGAAGUCAGAAGUUGAGCAAUGCAAACAUUGAAUUUAGGAAUUUUAUUCAAGAUAGAGGGCUAAUUGAUCUGGGAUAUACUGGCCCUGCUUUUACAUGGUCAAAUGGAGCUAUUGUGGAGAAACCAAUUUUUGAGAGGUUAGACAGAGCAGUGUGCACUGCAGAUUGGUUCUUCAUGUUUCCAGACAAUGGGGUGCUGCAUCUGCCUAGAAUAAGUAGUGACCAUGCACCAAUUCUGCAUGAUACUAUCAGGAAAAUUAUGGAUGUUGGGAAAAGGCUGAAUGAGUGGAGCAGAAAGACAUUUGGGAAUAUAUUCAGAGCUGCAGAAAAGUGCAAAGAAAAACUACUAAAGGUGCAAUAG